UAAAAGCGUAGUCCUCAAAUAGAUAACAAAUUUAGUAAAAGUCGUAAUACAGUUAAGGUAAUUAAACCUUCCCGGCAUGGCGACGAACUUUCGAAACACAACCCUUAACGAGGAAAGGAUAUUCGGCAACACAAGUGGAAUGAACACGGCAGGUGGAUUGAUUUCCACGAGUCAUCCGCCUGCAUUACCACCCAGACCAGUCUUUUCUGGAGGUGGGGGAGACAUGAUGUUCGGUAAUCGGUACGGAUAUGCUGGCCAAUCUGCGUAUCACGGUUACAGUCCGUACGGAGGCUAUUCUUCGAUGGAUAUUUACGGACCCAGAGGCUAUGGAGGAUACGGGAUGGGCCAAGGAUACGGUGGAUAUGGUAACGGUGGAUACGGUGGAAUCAAUAAUCCAGAACACAGAUUUAUUCAACUAGCAGAGGAGAGCUCUCGGCCCGCUUUUCAGAUCCUUGAAUCAUUAGUUGGUGCGGUUGGCAAUGUGGCAAUGAUGUUGGAUUCCACUUUCUUUGCCGUCACUAGCUCAUUCCGUGCAGUGCUGAGUGUGGCCGCCAACUUGGCACACCUGAAGGGAACAUUUGCUCAAUUCUGGUCAUCCCUAGCGGUGGUACGGGCAGCUGUAUGGUUGUAUAAAAAGAUGCUGUACAAACUAAGAUUAACAAAAACAGAUCCCACGAUGGAAGCAUUCAAGGAAGCAUUCAAUGGCACGGCAGCAAAUAGUGAUGUUACAUUAAACAAUCCGAGAAAGCACUCUUCCUCGCUGUUAGCAGCACUUUUCAUGGGUUUCAUGCUGUCCGUGCCGUAUAUGUUGAUCAAACUAUUCGCACCAAAAGUAACAGAAGAUAAUGCGUUAAGCAAUCCUGCCCUGUGGAGCAAUCCAAUAGAAGUACAGGCAUUGCAUAAGUUCGAUGCAUCAAACGCCCAAGAGAUGUCGAUCCGCGCUGGAGAAUUGGUGUUGCUUGCCCCGAAGCAAAUUCAAAACGACAAACACCUUCUGAACACCGGUUGGGUACUGGCAGCCUCAGCGGAUCGAAAGACGUGCGGAAUCAUUCCACUUAACUACGUACAAGCACUAAAACAAUCGGUAGAAAGUCAGUAGAUAUUAAGGCUUUAAGGUGAGGUUCGGGUUUCGAA